UAUUCCGAAGAAGAUGCAGUUUUUUGCGUCAAUAAUGGCAUCGAUUUUAUCAAAUUACAAAGACUUACCCUUGAAGAAUUCCAACAAAAGCGUCAACUAUCAAUGAAAAAAGCUCAAGAGUGGAAAAUAGGAGGCUACGAGCUGUUCCAUUACCAACUACAAGACCAACAACCAGUAACAUCACCAAAGAAACUGACCUCAGACAAGGAGAUUCCCAAUUUGCGGCAAGCUGUCAACUGGCUGAAGAUCUCUUGUCCGAAGUGUGGUGCUAAAACGUUCAGAGAAGCCGAUACUAUGGACACUUUCGUCGACAGCUCGUAG